AAAAGGCCGGCGCACUUCAUAUACCCCAACGAGAAUGCCGUGAAAGGCAGUACCACUUUGUUUAACGCACUCCUCAGAAGGUGUACACAAAGAGACAAAAUCCCGAUCUGUAGGAUCACUCUCAGGAGACAGUCGGCGCCUAAUAUAGUGGCUCUCUUUCCGCAGUUGGAAUGCAAACCAUUGGACAAAGCGGGAGGUUUUCACGUCAUAUACUUGCCGUUCAAAGAGAACGUAAGGUAUCCGUCCAUCAAAGAAGCGGAAGCCGUGGACAUCGAACCCAAUGCUCUGGAGUUGGCCUCAAAUAUAGUGGAAAAGUUGUCCUUUAAUUUCGACACAAAAGACUUUCCUAAUCCUGUCCUUCAGACUCACUGGCGAUUCAUCGAAGGACUCGCAACUGGUGUCGAUCCCGAGCCCUUCGAUGAAAGCCAAACACAACCUAACUAUGAGAACAUUGAAGAGAAAGCCGGUUAUGAUAUGUACCAAUUGAAUGAUAUGCUGGAC